GAUAUCACCAUCACCGCAGCGUCAGAACAGUUUCAAAUUCAAUCUGUGAUUAAGCUUACUAUGACAAGAGAACUGACGGUGGUUGCGCUUAUAUUUAUUCUGGGGGUGGUUUGGGGUGAAGCACAGUCCUGUAACUCAUGUGGAUCGGAAUGCCAGUCUGCUUGCGGUACGAGGCACUUCCGAACGUGCUGCUUUAACUACUUGAAGAAAAGAAGUCCCAAUCCCGAUCCACUACCUCAAUCCAUGGAUCCAAGCUUAAGGUUGGAGCUGUGGCUCGCAAGAUCAAGAUACCCCUAUUUCCAGCAAAGAAAUAUACUAGACAACUCACUAGAAGUUUCUAACGACGUCGGUGAACACCACAACCAUGACUCCCAAAUGGACUGAAGCCAAUAUUCUGAUAUGUCCGCAGCUAGGAUGUUAUAAUUUAGUUCUUAUUAUAAGAAAAUAAUCAAAUAUUAUUUUUUACUAUGGAUAAUAAUUUUACAUCGAAUCUGAAUACAUUUCAAUGUCCUAGCUGUUUCGAACUAAACAUGUAUCCAUCAGUUUUACAAUUAUUAUUAUAGUUUGUAUAAACUCUCGGCUGGAUAUUAUACGAACUAUGAACAGAAAUAAAACCUUGUCUAUGUAUAAAAAUGUAUAUUUAUCCGCUGCAACAAUUUUAUCGUUUCUAGAAAAAAUAAAUUGUUAAUUAAUUUAUUGGUGAGAGUAAUCAGCUUAACAUAUAUGUUUGCUUUUCAAUUUUUGUAAUUAUAUUUUGUGCAAAUAUUUUAUUACGGUGGCCAUACUAUUAAUUUGAACUAUGUGUUACAGUUAGAUAUAUAGAAAACAACGUAAGUAGAACAUUUGAAUUUGCAUAAAUAUCGACGCAUAUGACGAACUUUCAGAAUUGUUUAAGUACAAAUUAGUUAUAAAUAAUAAAUAAAAAGUAUUUCAACAACUGUAAAAUGUCAGAAUUUGAUUAUUUUCUGCAAGUA